UCCGGCGCCGGAGCAUCCCCACAGUGCGCCGCGAACGCUUCCCUGGAACGCCAGCGAAGCCCUCACACCAACCCGAUCAGCUGCGCAGUCCGCCAGGCGACCCCUUUGCGCCCAGAAGUCCUCCUCCGAGUAGAACUGGCCCCAGCAGGUGUGAUGAAGCGGCCGAGGCUGCGCAUCCUGUCGGCGCUGCUCCUGUACCUGUGGCUCGGCGCCCCGGCCGUGGCGUGGGGCGACGCGGCGGGGCUCACCGGCACUCCCACCGGCAACGACCUCCUGGCGAACGACAAAUAUGUGUACGACUUGACAAACGACCUUCAUGAUGCGGUGUCCGAGGACGCGUCCGCCAGCCCGCUUGAUGAGGCGCGGCACUUCGACGGCGGCCUCGAACGCCGCGUCGUAUCCGAGCGUCGGCUGGACGACGCCCGACGCGUUGAAGUGAGUCGGGACGCCCUGCGACGAAGCGACGAGCGACGAAGUGCGGAGCGUCGUGUGGAGGGGCGGCGCAGCGCGGGGCGUCGAACCGACGAACUCCGAGCCGACGAGCGACAGAGCGCCGAGCGGCGGGCCGACGAGCGACGCGUGGUUGAACGACGAGCCGACGAACGACUCGAGGACCGCGCAGACCGCCGCAUGGACGACAGCCGUCGCGGUGCUCGUUCUCUGAACCGGCGUGCCGACACCGAGCGUCGACUGAGGCGUGAGGUCCGCUCGCUAGACCGGCGCGCCGAACGACGCAACGACGCAUCCAGGCGACUUGACGAAGAGCGGUCCGAUGUGCGCCAGGUUGACCGGCGCGCAGACCAAGGUCCCCGACAACUUCGUCGAGAAGAGGCCCGCCGGACCAACGACCGACUCGAUCAGGCAACGAGAGAGGUACAUACCGCUCGGCAACGCGAAGGCCUGCGCGACUCUCUCGAGCGCCGGGUCGAAGAAGCUCGACUGGAACGCAGUGAAGCCCGCCGGGAAGUCCGCUCCAUCGAACGACGAGCAGACAGACGGGACAACGAGGAGAGACAGGUGCGAUCCCUCCGACGAGACAAUAACCAGGCUGCCCGAUCUCUCGAACGCCGAGCAGAGAGGCGAGUAGACGAGGAGCGACAGGUGCGAUCCCU